CAAUGUCAAGAGAGUUACAGACGGAACAGACGGAAAACAAAACAAAUCAAUGAAGGACAAGGCCCAUUCUUGGACAAGGAAGGACAUUGGAAUAAAAUAAACAAUCAAUUUAUUUGGCGAACGAUACCCUAUAUAGCGUAGCCAUAGAAAAUACAAAAUGGUCUUCGUUUAGUAACGAUUAUUUUAAUUAAGUACAUACAGCAGUAUAUUUUUUGUCAUCAUCAUCAACUUUCUUAAAAUUAAAGUCUGACCAUACAAGGUCUUUAUUUUGAAACAGAUCAUGUCUUGCAAUUAUGCAGAGGGCUUAUCCCCCUAUGAACAUAAGGGCAUUCUCGGCGUCCCGGAGAAAUUUGAUCCCAUAGACAAAUUCAAUGAGAAAUGUGAAAUCCUAGCUCAGCUUAUAAGGGACAGCAAGCAUGUUGUAGUCCACACGGGCGCGGGGAUCAGCACAUCAGCUGGAAUCCCUGAUUUCAGGGGACCUAAUGGUGUAUGGACUCUGGAAAGAGAAGGCAAAAAGCCCGCAGUCAAUGUGUCAUUUGCAGAUGCCAAACCGACCAAAACCCACAUGAUUCUCAAGAAGCUGGUGGAAUGCAAGAAAGUGCAUUAUGUAGUUAGUCAGAACAUUGACGGGCUACACUUGAAGUCUGGCUUGUCUAGGAGAUAUUUGGCUGAACUGCAUGGGAACAUGUUUGUUGAUGAAUGUAAUUUAUGUAAAAGACAAUUUGUUCGCAAUCGGCCAGUGGAGACGGUUGGUAAGAAGUGCAGUGGGGUUCCCUGCGCGGCGGAGUUCACCGGGGCUCGUCCGUGCCGCGGCCGGCUGUACGACGGUGUGCUGGACUGGGAACACAGCCUGCCCGACAACGAUCUGUACAUGGCAGAGUGCCACUCCAGUAUUGCAGAUUUAAGCUUAUGCUUAGGAACCACACUGCAGAUUAUACCAAGUGGAAAUCUACCUCUAGAGACUGCUAAAUAUGGCGGGAAACUAGUCAUAUGCAAUUUACAACCAACUAAACAUGACAACAAAGCAGAUUUGGUGAUCAACUAUUAUGUUGAUGAGAUAUUAGAGCGGGUUAUGAACAUAUUAGAUAUUGACAUACCAACAUACAAUGAGUGUGAUGAUUUGACAAAGUGUGCUGAGAAUACUAUUAUUGACUGGACUAUCGACAGGAAAGAUGUGCUAGGAGUGGAGAAGAUAUUCAAGGCUAAAUGUAAGGGUGUUAAAAAGAAAAGGAGUUUGAUUAAAAGUAAAAGGAAUAGUUCAGAAAUUAUAAGUAAUGAUAAUAAGUCUAAAGUGAUCAAACUUGAAGUGAAAGAAGAACAUUUGGGAAACUGCUCUAGCGAUGGUUUGGGUUUAAAUAAUGAAAUUCUAAUGCUGAAUGAAGUGAAAAGUGAACCCAAAUGUAUUUCACAAGAGGCUUAAACCCGAGUAUUAGGACUUCAAUGGAUUAGGGCAAUAUUUUAUGUAUAACAUAAUAUUUUAAGUAAAAAAUAAGUUUUAAUUUUUAUAUAAAGAAAAAUUGUUGGAUUGGAAUGGAACAAUCAGUCAUGUACUGAACAUGGAAUUAUUCCAUGUUCAGUACAUGACUGAACAUGGAAUUAGUAGGUACUGCGUACAUUAAUUCCAUGGUACUGAAUCAAUUUGAACCAUUAAGUACUCCUGGAAUGGAGAAGAUUUGAAUAGAAAAGAAUAACUAUGCUCAAAUCCCCAGGUAUUUUUUUUCUUUUUGUUGAUCUAUAAUAUGAUAUACCUAUGAUUUGAACAUUUCAAUUGUCUAGAGAUUGUUUCCAAUUGUUUACAACAGGCAAUUUAUAGAUUUAGGUUAUUGUAUAAGAAUUUGAACAAAUUUGUCAUUCAUAGUGAAUUAAAUCAAUAUUGUAAUUUUGAAUUAAACAAUAUAAAUUCAAUCUCAAAUAAUAAAAAUGUAAUAUAAUAUAAUAUAA